AUGCCAAUCUCUGUCUUACCAUUCAGCGCACUGCCGCCUCCACGGCGCGAUGAAAACGAUGAGUCUGGCUCCGACAUUGAAAUGGGUGACGACGAUCUCGCGAUCUCGUCUUCCAAAGCCAUCGUCACGCCUGGUGAACAUAUAACCUCCGACCCGCAAUGGAUGCGUGGUCAUGGCACAUAUAUUCCUUCACAGCCAGCCGGAUCAACAACAAUAAUAUCCACCGUCGCAGGAACCUUGCACAAAACUAACAAGCUGCUAUCUGUGCAACCACUACGCGCCCGCUACCAACCCGAGAUUGGCGACCUGGUCGUCGGCCGCAUAAUGACCGUUGGAACCAAAAAAUGGAACGUAGAUAUCGCCGCGCCCAUGCUAGCCAACCUCCCUCUCUCCAGUAUCAACCUGCCAGGUGGCGUGCUCCGCCGCCGAACAACCGUCGACGAGCUCAACAUCCGGACAUUCUUCCAAGAAGGCGACUUGCUCGUCGCAGAAGUCCAGAGCUUACACCAAGACGGCACCGCCUCACUCCACACCCGCUCUCUCAAAUACGGCAAACUGCGCAACGGCGUCUUCACUAGCAUCACCGGUGCAGGCGGCGGUAUCCUCAGCCGGAAAGGCGGCGUAGUACGCAGCCGACGCCAGGUUUUCACGCUGAACACGGCUGCGGGUGAAAUCGACAUCAUCCUUGGUGUCAAUGGCUACGUCUUCGUUUGCAAGCACAUCACCACUAGCGCAGAUGCAAAGGAAGUCGGCAUCAACAGUCUCGACGAGUCCGCAAUCGAGACGCUGUACUCGAGCCAAAACGAUGAUAUCGAACCCGGUCUUACCCGUGAAAUCAUGAUGGUGAGCACCCUGAUCCGCGGUAUGGUCGCGUGCGGUACCAAGGUCGACGAAGACAUGAUUGUCAAGGUCUACGAGGGAGCGGUGGAGCUUGAGGCCGAGGAAAAGACGUUGGGGACUGUGGAGCGGGGGCCGGGUGGUACGGCGCUGGUGGAGGCUGUACUGGCGAGGCUGGAGCUUGGGGGUGGGGAGUAA